AUGGUUGCAGCAUCAGAGCCAUUUGGAUCUUCAGCGAUUUCGACGCUGCUGCUGCAUUUGUUGAGAGAAGGAAGAGGGUCUAAUAAGACUCACAUUGAGGGAUUUUCAUUCCAUCCUUGUGCCCAAGUUCCUGAACAUGGCAUAGAUAAGCAAGCUGUGAUGUUUCCUCCCCCACUUGGUAAUUUUGUUUUAAUGCGUUAUCAGGCAAUGUGUGCUUUUUGGCCUCCUGUUAAAGGAUUUUACCAAUUAUUCAUGGUCUCUGAGGAUAAAGGUGCUUUUUUGUUCAAGUUGUGCCUGAUGGAAGGUUAUAAAGCUCCUCUGUCUAUGGAAUUCUGUACUGUAACUAUGCCCUUUCCUAGAAGAAGGAUUGUAUCUUUCGAUGGAACUCCUUCAAUUGGAACAGUUUCUACUACCGAGCAUUCAGUUGAGUGGAAAAUUUUAGCAACUGGACGAGGGCUCUUGGGAAAAAGUGUUGAGGCAACUUUUCCUGGAACUAUUAGGUUUUUCACCCUGGCAAAUCCGAAGCUUGCAGAUAGUGAUAUCGAGGCUGAGAGCGCAAGCGAUGUGGUCAGUAUUGAGGAAUUUUUAAUGGAGAAAAUGAGCAAGGAUCAUCUUCCUCCAGUCGAACUAGAGGAGCCAUUUUGCUGGCAGGCAUACAAUUAUGCGAAGGUAUCCUUCAAGAUUUUAGGGGCAUCAUUAUCAGGAAUAUCUGUCGAUCCUAAAUCUAAAAAUAUGCUCUUGAAAAAGAGACGACGACCCAAUUCACCGCUGGAGUUCGCCUGAAAACGGGCGUCGAGUACUCCAAUUUAGCGCCAAAUUGGUGAGUGCUUGAAAUUAUCUCCAUGCGCACACACAAGAUAAGGUGUGCACCUGCUUGUCCUGUUCUCAUUACAGUGCAUGCAGAGAAGCUUUUUGGUACCCUCUAAUUGCACUUGUCUGCCUGGUUGGUCAUCUGGUGCCCCUCACAAUCAGCCUCUGGCCUUCUUAAGGUACGCCUCGGUACACUUAUAAAUUCUAUAGACUUCCUCGCUUGUCUCCAAGCCUGCCAUAAUAGAAUAGAUAGGCGAAGCAGCCAAUAAAUAGCUGUAUGUUCUCGCCUAUCGAUAGUUAGUAGGUUGUUUUCAAGCUCAAACCAUUGGAAACGGAAUUGGUAUUCUCCGCCCCCGCCAAAUCUAGUCUAGAGAGAGAACUGAAAGAGAGAAGGAACCAAGAUCAGAGAAAAUGAUCUUA